AUGUAUUUUUAUUUUUUUAAUAAAUAUAAUUUAAAAAUUUUAGAAAAAAAAUUAUUAAAUAUAUUUAAAUAUAAUAUAAGUUCUAAAAUUUUACAUGAAUUAUUAUAUUUAGGAUGUGAAUAUAGUUUUAUAUAUAAUUAUUCUUUAAAUUUAAAUGAUUUUUCAAAUUUAAUAUAUUUAUUAGUUUUAUAUAAAAAUAAACUUAAUAAUAUUUAUAAUAAUAAAUAUUAUGAAAUAAAAUAUAAUUAUAUAAAUAUUUUUUUUAAUAAUUAUUAUUAUUUAAAAGUUAUAAAUAAAAUUCAAUUAAUAUUAAAUAAUACUAUAUAUUUAAAAAUUAAUCCUAUAUAUUCAAAUUUAUUUUUCUUUUUUAAUAAUAAAAUAAAAAUUAAAUAUUCACAAUUACAACAAUUAAUUGGAUAUAAAGGAUAUAUUUCUAAUAUAAAAGGAGUUAUUUAUGAAAAACCAAUUAUAAAUAAUUAUAUUAAUGAAUUACUAAUAUAUGAAUAUAUUUUAUCUUGUUAUGGUUCAAAAAAAGGUAUUAUAGAUACAGCUUUAAAAACAGCAGAUUCCGGGUAUUUAACAAAACGUUUAAUUAAUAUAACAAAUAAUUUUAUAAUUAAAGAAGUAAAUUGUAAAUCUCCUUUUAUUUUUAAGUAUAGAUGUAAUAUGGAUAUAUAUGGUAAUAUUAUAUUACCAUUUAAUAUGUUACAAUUUAAAAUAUUACAAAAUAAUAUUAUAAAUAAAUAUAAAGGUAUAUAUUUUAAUUUAAAAAAUAUUUAUAUUACUAAAUAUAUAUUGAAUAAUUUAUUAAGUUUAUUAUCUAAUAUUUAUAUAUAUUUAAAUAUAAAAUCAAUAUAUUUAUGUAGUAUAUUUAAUAAUGUAUGUAAUAAUUGUUUAGGUUAUAAACAAUUAUAUAAACAUAAUUUUGGACAACAUAUAGGAGUAAUAUCUAGUGAAGCUAUAGGAGAGCCUAGUACACAGAUGGUAUUAAGAACUUUUCAUGUAAAUUCUAUUUUGAAGGAUAAAUAUAAUUAUAAUGUGUUUCAAAAAGAUAAUAUUUAUAAAUUAUAUUCUUAUAAAUGUAAAAUUAAUCAAGUUUUUAAAUUAAUUUUUAAUUUUAAACAAUGUAUGAAUAUUAAAUUUAAUUUAGUAUUUUUAAUAAAUAAAUUAUUAUUUAAAUAUAAAUAUUUACAUUAUAAUUAUAUAAUGAUUAAUAAAUUUAUUAAAUAUAAUUUUAUAUAUAAUUCAAUUUCUAAAAAUUUUAAAUAUAUUUUUAAUAAUAUUUUUAUCAAAUAUUUUAAUAAUAAAAUAAAAUAUUAUAGUUUAAAUAUAGUACAAUUAUUAAUAAAAAAUUUAUAUAAUAAAUGGAUUAUAUAUAAUUUAUAUACUUAUUAUUUUUAUUAUAAUUAUAUUAAAUUAUAUAAUAUAAAUAAAAAGGGUAUAAUUUAUAAUUUAAAUAGUAAUAAAAAAUUAAAUAUUAUAUAUUUUGUAAAAAGUUUUAUUAAUUUUUAUUCAUAUUUUAAUAUAAAAACUAAUAAUAUUAUAUUAAAUUCUAAUUUUAUGAUUUUUUUAAUAAAUUUUGAUAAUAUACAAAAUAAAAAUAUUUUUAUAAAUAAAAAGUUUUUUUUAUAUAAUAAUUAUAAAUUAUAUUUUAAUUAUAUAAAAAAAAAUAUUAAUUUAUUAAUAUGUAUAUAUUUUAUAAAUAUUAAUUUUAUUAAAAUUAAUUAUUAUAAUAAAAAAAAAUAUAUUAGUAAUAUAUAUAAUUAUAAAAAUAAAUAUAAUAAUAUAUUAUAUUAUAAAGUAAAAUCAUUUUUAUAUUUAUAUGAAGUUUUAAUGUAUACUUGGAAUAAAUAUUUAUUAUCAAAUUUUAAAUAUAAUUUAUUUAUUAUAUAUAAUAAUUAUAUUAAAUAUUUAUAUAAGUAUAAUAUUAAAAUUAUUUUAUAUUAUUUAAAAAAUUUAUUUUUUAUAAAUAAUAAUUUUAUAAAUAAUAAUAUUUUAUAUACUUAUAAUAUUAUUUAUAAUAAUAAAAAUAAUUUGUUAAAUAUAUAUAAAAAAAAUAUAAUUAAAUUAUUAAAUAAUAAGUUAUAUAAUAAAAUAUUUUAUAUGUAUUAUAAUAAAAAUUUAUCUAAUUUAUAUUUAAAUGAUAUAACAAUAGGAUUACAAUCUAUUAAUAUAAUAUUUGAAAAUAAAAAUAUUAAAAAUAAUAUUUCUUUUAUUUCAAAUAAUGUAUAUGUAAUUUAUUAUAUUAAAUAUUAUAAUUAUUUAAAUAAUAUUAUAUAUAUAUAUAGUGUUUUUAAUAUAUAUAAAAUUAAUUAUUUUAAAUAUAAAUUAAAUUUUUAUUCAUAUAUUUUUGAAGAUAUAAGUUCUAUUUUAUAUAGUGGAUAUUCAUUAAAUACAGAUUUUUAUUUAAUUAAUAAUAAUUUAAAAUUUUAUUUUAAAUAUUUAUUAAUUAAUAUAAAUAUUUAUCAAUCAGUUAAAAGUUCUUAUAUAUAUAUAUACAAUAUUUUAAUAGAAUCAAUUUUAAAACAAUAUAGUUAUCAAAAUAUUUAUUUACCUUCAAUAUAUUUCGAGUUAAUUAUAAAAAAAAUGUUAUCAUGUAUUAAAAUAAUUUCUAAUAAUUUUAAAGUAUUUAAACAUAAUAAUAUUAUACCUUUAUAUUUAAUAAAUAUACUUAAUUAUUCAUUAAUUUUAAAUAAAUAUAAAGUUUAUAAAUAUGAACCUAUUAUUUUAGGAAUUACAAAAUCAAUUUUAGCAAAUUCUGGUUUUUUAACAAAUAUAAGUUUUCAAAAUACAUUUAAAAUUAUAAGUUUAAAUAUUUUAAAUAAUAAAAUAGAUUGGUUAAUUGAUAUAAAAUCAAAAAUAAUAAUGACGGAUUUAUUACCUGUAGGUAAUGGGUGGUAUAGAUAUUUAAAAAUUUAA